AUUUUCUCUAAUUAAAUAAUAUUUAUAUUUUCUAAAUUACAAAAGAGAGAAUUGAAAACACUCAUCCAUCACAUUUAAUUGAUCACACACUUACGAACACUUACGAGUUAGAAGAAGAAGAAGAAGAAGAAGGUAACGACAACUCAAAAAUAAAGGCACAUGGUAGUUAUUGUCCAACAAUAUCUUAAUUUAAUAAGAGGCAGCAUUUUAUAUUUAAAUUACAUAAAUCAAAUCUGUUUUUACUUCAUCAAUAUUCUUCAUAAAAAGGAGAAGAACCCUUUUUAAGCUAAAUGUAAGUCCUCUUUUUGUUCUUAAUAAAACCUAACCUCAAUUAUCUUUGCCUGUGAUAAAUUUCACUAAUUCAGAGUUUAGUUAUUAUUUUAUGGCAGAACGUAUAGAGGAUUUAAAUUUACCGUAUGCGGUUGUAACUCGCUUAAUUAAGGAUGCACUCCCCAGUGGUGUUGCAAUUGGAAAAGAUGCAAAGCUUGCAGUGGCCAAAGCAUCGUCGAUAUUUAUUUUAUACCUGACAACUGCUGCCAAUACAAUUGCCAAAAACCAUAAUCGAAAAACAAUUAGCGGAGCAGAUGUAACAGAGGCUAUGAAGGAUAUCGAAUUGGAACAAUUUCUCCAACCAUUAGAAGAAUCCCUGGAGAUUUUCAAGAAAUCCCAAAAAGAAAAGAAAGAAGCGAUUGAUAGAAAGAAACAAAAUAAUAAGGACGAUGCAUCUGAGGAACAUUCUGAGUAAAAUCUUAAGGAGAUUCAUAUCAAACAAAGAAAUCUUUUAAUUUCAAACAUAUUUUUAACUUUUUUCUAUUUUUCAAUGUAAUAAUGAGCGAAAAAAAAUUCUUCUUUUAAUCUUUGCAUGUAAUUAAUACAAUUAAAGAAGAUCGUAUUUUUUAUUAAACAAUUGCUACUUACA